GUACUGAACGUCCUGCUCCCUCGGCCCGCGCCGUGACCCCUGGUUCUCCUAGUGCCUGACUCAGCCAAGCUUCCCGGUGUCCUCGAUCCCCCUAAUAAGGUCGGCUGCCAGCCCUAAGGCCCUGCCAGCCACGGCCAUGAGCAACUGGAGGAAGGACCACCUCGGUGCCAGCAGCUCGGAGCCCCUCCCGGUCGUCAUCAUCGGCAACGGUCCCUCGGGCAUCUGCCUGUCCUACCUGCUCUCAGGCUACACCCCCUAUGUGAAGCCAGAUGCCGUCCACCCUCACCCUCUGCUGCAGAGGAAACUCAGCGAGGCGCCAGGGGUCUCCAUCAUGGACCAGGACCUGGAUUAUCUGUCCGAAGGCCUUGAAGGCCGGAGUCAAAGCCCUGUGGCCCUGCUCUUUGACACCCUCCUGCGCCCAGACACAGACUUUGGGGGAAACACGGAGUCUGUCCUUACCUGGAAGUACCAGAAGGAGCGAGCCAUCCCCCACCUGGUCCUGGGCCGGAACCUGCCUGGGGGUGCCUGGCAUUCCAUUGAAGGCUCCAUGGUGACCCUGAGCCAAGGCCAGUGGAUGGGGCUCCCAGACCUGCAGGUCAAGGACUGGAUGUGCAGGAAGCGAAGAGGUUUCCGCAACAGCCGGGCCACGGCGGGGGACAUCGCUCACUACUACAGGGACUAUGUGAUCAAGAAGGGCCUGAGCCACAACUUCGUGUCCCGCGCCGUGGUCACGGCCGUGGACUGGGGGAUGCCCGAGCCGAGCGGCCCCGGGACCCAGGACCCCAGCCCCCUCUUCCAGGUGCGCGGCUUCGUGACCGCCGAGGACCAGAGCCAACAGCCCUUCUCCCUGUGUGCCCGCAACGUGGUCCUGGCCACAGGCACAUCUGACAGCCCAGCCCGGCUGGGCAUCCCCGGAGAGGGCUUGCCCUUCGUCCACCAUCAUCUGUCAGCCCUGGAGGCGGCCACGCGGGCAGGCAAGGUGACCCCAUCCUCGGACCCCGUCCUCAUCAUCGGGGCGGGGCUGUCUGCGGCCGACGCGGUCCUCUACGCCCGCCACUACAACGUCCCCGUGAUCCACGCCUUCCGCCGGCCCGUGGACGACCCGGGCCUGGUGUUCAACCAGCUGCCCAAGAUGCUGUACCCCGAGUACCACAAGGUGCACCAGAUGAUGCGGGAGCAGUCCAUCCUGUCGCCCAGCCCCUAUGAGGGCUACUGCAGCCUCCCCGAGCACCAGGUGCUGCGCUUCAAGGAGGACCGCCAGGCUGUGUUCCGGAACCCCCAGGGCCUCCAGAAGGCCUUCGGCGUUUCCCUGGUGCUGGGCCUCAUUGGCGCCCACCCCGAUCUGUCCUUCCUCCCGGGGGCCGGAGCUGACCUCGCCGUGGACCCCGACCAGCCCCUGAGCGCCAAGAGGAACCCCAUAGACGUGGACCCCUUCACCUACCAGAGCACCCACCAGGAGGGCCUGUAUGCCAUGGGGCCGCUGGCCGGGGACAACUUCGUGCGGUUCGUGCAGGGCGGCGCCCUGGCUGUGGCCAGCUCCCUGCUGAGCAAGGAGGGCAGGAAGCCGCCCUAGCACCUGGCCCGACAUCCUCGCACCCAUGCCCUAAAGUGGAGGGAAGAUCCCCACGGCCCUCCUAGACAGAGAGCCAGGCCCAGGAUGCCCCAGUGAUGGAAGGGGGACCUCUCCUGGCAGGGGACAGGAGUGGCCAUGAGCCCAUGCUACAGGCCUCUCAGAUGAAGCGUGGGGAAACCACAGCUGCCCAGCCUGAGGCCAGGGUGGGAACAGUGACCGCAGGCCAGGGUAGGCCUAGACCUGUAACUGGGGGUAAAAGCUGGCAGUGUGAGCUGGGACCACCGAGACCAGCCGAGCGCCGAGCCAGGAGGACUCCGGGCCCCACUCUUUCCAGAAUCGGGUCCUGAAUAAAACCAGCAACUGCUUCCA